UGAGUUCUCUUGGUUUAUCUCGGGAAUUUGUCUGCAAAACGGAAACUUUUCCAGUCGAAUUUGGCUGGAGAAUGUCUGGAAAUGAAUAUUCAGGCAAGAAGGCCAGGUUUCCUCCAUCAGACUUUAUCAGGUGUUAGUCGUGGGUGAACGUGGGGGGGAGUAAUUCGUUGCCGCUAAGGUUGCUGGGGAUGAAGAUGAUCCUUAUCUACGACGCGUAGUAAUUGGGAAGGUGGAGGAUGUUUGCUGCAGCUCUGUGAUUGUUUGAGGUGUAAAGCUGUUUACGUCCACUUGUGAUGAACACGGUUGAGCAACAGACCUGGGCGCUGGCCAUCUCUCAUGUGGAAAAGGAGAGGGUGGACAAGAAGGACAUUCAGAAGCAAGAGAGAGGUACAGAUUCAGGCAAGAGGACCGGAUUGCAGGAGACGAAGAGAUCGAAACCAUGAGGACUAUCAAAAUCUUUGCCGAGAGGUCGGACAGCUCCAUGGCGGUGCGCACAUGCAGUUUGAUCGUGGAUACGCGCCUCCCGGAUUCUGCUUUGUUCUCUCGAGCCAUUGGAGUUUGCAAGACGCUUUUGAGGAGGUGGGCAGAUGUGGACGACUCCAAAAUACUGGUGACGAAAAUCACGGGCGGAAUCACUAACAUGUUGCUUAAGGCUGAAGUGGAAGGUGAAAACGAUGACCAACUCCAACCAUUAACUGUGCGCGUGUUUGGGCCUAAUACGGAUGCUGUUAUUGAUCGGGGUCGAGAACUCCAGGCAAUCGCGUUCUUAUCUUCAGCCGGGUUUGGAGCUAAGUUGCUAGGUGUAUUUGGAAACGGCAUGAUUCAAUCCUAUCUUGUUGGAAGAACACUCGAACCUCAUGACAUCGCUAAACCAGAGUUUGCUAAGCUGAUAGCUGUGGAAGUUCGAAGACUGCAUGAGUUAGAGAUUCCUGGCUCUAAGGAACCACAACUGUGGAAUGACAUUUAUAAGUUUAUUGAAAAGGGUUCAACAGUCGUAUUUGAAGACAGUGAAAAGCAGAAGACUUAUGAAACGAUUUCAUUUGAGAACAUCAGGGAGGAAGUUGAAGAGAUAAAGGCAAUCAGUGACAGUUUUAAAGCACCUGUAGUUUUUGCACAUAACGAUCUUCUUUCUGGAAAUUUUAUGUAUAAUGAAGAGAAAGGACAAUUGUACAUUAUUGAUUAUGAAUACGGGUCACACAAUUAUCGAGGCUAUGACAUUGCCAAUUACCUCAACGAGCAUGCAGGCUUCGACUGCGAUUAUAGCUUGUAUCCAGAUAAGGAGAAGCAAUUUUACUUUUACAGACAUUACUUGCAUCCCGAACAACCUGAAAUGAGUACGAAGGCAGAGCUAGAAGAGCUUUAUGCAGAAUGCAGCUUCUAUUCCUUGGCAUCACACUUAUAUUGGGCCACGUGGGCAAUUGUUCAGGCAAGGUACUCCAAUAUCGAAUUUGAUUACCUGGGGUACUUUUUCCAGCGAUUUGAUGAAUAUAAGAGACGCAACGAGGACAUAAAACUUCGAACAUCUGAGUACCUAAACUCGCGGAAGUAGCCAACCUGUUGAUUUUUUAGUUUUUUUUCUAUUUGGUUAUUUGCACUGCUUAUCAGGCUCAUGAGAUUUGAUUGAAGAGUUCAGGUGGCCAAAAAGUUGUAAGCCAUAUCUGAAAAAUUAGUCAACUCUUUUGGGAAAUAACAUUAAGAUUAACCUCAAUUUUAUUUGAGUUUCAAUGUUCCAAUCCUGAU